AUGUCCAAGGAUUUAACUGAAGAACAGUUGGCUGAACUUAAAGAAGCAUUUUCACUCUUUGACAAGGACGGCAAUGGGCAAAUUACAACAAGGGAGCUUGGGACAGUCAUGAGAUCUAUUGGUCAAAACCCAACUGAGGGUGAACUUCAAGACAUAAUCAAUGAAGUGGACCAUAAUGGAAACGGAACUGUCGAUUUCCCAGAGUUUGUUAAUAUAAAUUAAUAAUUUUUCUUGCAUGCCGAAAAUAUUUAUUGAAAAAUAGAAUAGAAAAUAUCCAACACAUGAUACUCUUAUGGCAAAAAGAAUGGUACCAUCGGCAGAUCCUAUGGAAGAAAUUAUGGAAGCUUUCAGAGCUUUUGAUAGAGAUGGAAGUGGGUUUAUCACUGCUGAUGAAUUAAAACAAGCUAUGGCAACUUUGGGUGAAAGAUUAACAGACGUAGAAAUUGAGGAAAUGAUUAAAGAAGCAGAUGCAGAUGGAAGUGGCCAUAUCAGCUAUGAAGAAUUCGUAAAGAUGAUGGUCGCUAAAUAA